AUGGCACUUUUAUGCGCUUUUCAAGAAGAACAAGCACGACGCCAGGAGAAACAAGCUCGCCGCUGGAUGAAACAGCCUGCUUUUCAAGAGGAACAAGAGCGGUACCAGAAGGAGCAAGCCUGUCAACGGGAGGAACUACUGAUUGCUAUUCAGGACGACGAUGCGCGUCGACAUGAAAAGAUUCUACGAGCUCUUAGGUUA